AUGCUCCGUAACGCGCUGACGAGCAGCACGCAAUAUCAGAACGAGCGCAACCGCAACGUCCUCGUCCACCGACUUCUGACUCUGAAGUUCCCGCAGGAUGGAGCAGAGGAAGAUAUUGUUACCGCUGGUGCUGCUGCCGUCUCUUCUGCCGCUGUAAAUGCGGACUCGAAGGAUGCGACGCGCCGCGCGACACUGUGGCUGAAACGUCUGCCAGAUCUCGUGGCGAAGUUAACUCCAUGGCUGCGAGCGCUGGAUGCGGAUGCGCGUGCUCGAAACGGUCAGAUCCUAGUGCGCGCCCUUUCGCAGCUUCUCACAGCGCUGCUUCCUCACGGGAAGGCCCUCGGAGUGGCGUCAUCGCACGUCAUGCAACUAGUGACGCUGCUGGUCCAGAGUGGGGUGGAGUGGUGUGACGCGCAGAGGCUGAUAGCGUCUGGCAAUCCCCCCGUGUGCCCCUUGUUGGUGGCGCGAGCGUGCGUGGUGGCGAGCUAUGCGUCGCAUUCAGUGGACCAUGGCGCAUCGGGGCACGCGCAUCAGUUUCUCCAGCAGCAGCUCUCGCCAGCCAAGGUAGCAUGGCUUAAGCCGACACACUGCAGUAUCACCUCCCCCUUUUUCUUGUCACUCUCUGCUCCCGAGCGCCUCGUCAUCCAUGUUCUCCCUAUCUCUUGCUUCGCUGACUACCUUCCUUCCCGUGUGCAGCCUGGGAGUGCUGUGGCGAGCAUCUGGGCUGCUGUGUGCGCCGCUCUGCACCUCGCUACCGCCUAUUCCAUCAAGCGAGACUCGUCCAGCAAUGCCAAGCCACCCCAGGGCGGCAGCGAUAAGGCCAAGGGACGAAGUGGAGAAAACACGGAGGAGCAGGCGGAGAAGAUCGUGGGAGCAGUCCAAACGGCAGUGGCGGGAAUUAAGGCGCAGCUGGCUAGGCUGGGGAAAACAGGGGAUGCGGGGAAGCGAGAGUCGGAGGAGGGGAGUGAGAAGGAGCGGGCAGUGGCGUUGUGUCACGUGCUGGAGUGUGUGGAGUCAGUGGUGUCCGCGUUCGCCCAGCAGCAGUGGCAGGAGGAGAUGGCACGGCGUGUGAAGGCAGGAACCGGUGGGGCGUGCAGCAGGAAAGGCUCCCAAGUGGAGCGGCUGUGGGCGUGCCUGCAAGACCUGCUGCUCUGUGUAGUGCCAGCUUCUGCCGCGUUCCACAGGCUAGCUGGUUCAGACCCAGACUUGCAGUACCUGUGCCAGCUCCGCUCAGCUGCGUCCAGCUCCCUCGCUGCUUACCGCCUGGCCCUGCUCUCGCCCCCUGCGGAGAAGAGUGCAGCGGCACAGCAGCUGAAGAAGCUACUGGUGGAGGGGCAGAGCGGGGUGGUGGAGGAGAGGGACCGUGAGUGGAUGCAGUGUGUGGUGUAUAACAUGGGCGUCAACUUCUAUAACGCCAACCGCUACACUGAGGCGUUAGAGCCGCUUGCAAUCAUCUUCGCGGCUAUCAAGGCGUCCCCGCUGAAGCCCAGGCCAGAGCAGCAGGAGGGGGAGAAGGAGAAGGAGAAGGUGCUGCAGCAGUGUGUGCGCUGCAACCUGCUCGCACUCUCCCUGAGGCGCACAGGGCAGCUGGAGCAGGCACAGCAGGUGCUGGAGGAGGGGCUCCAGCGGUGGGGGGGGGUGCAAGCAGCGAGGAUGGAGGCGGGAGAGGAGCACGUGCCCCUGCACGCCAUUGAGGGCAUAACCAGCGACCCUGCCGCCCUGGAAGGGCUCAUGAUGCAGGAGCUGUCAGCAUAUGAUGACUACGGGCAGCAGCAGCAGCAGCAGCAGCAGCAACGGUGCCUGGCAGCGCGCACUGACGUGCUACAUCACCUCACCACGCACGUCCUUGCACACCGCCCUCACGGCGCCCUGCACCGCGCUGCUGCCUUCCUGGAGCACACCCGCUGCCUGCGCCUCCUCUCCUCUGUGCGCAACGCUGCUGCUUCUGCUGCGCCUGCUGCUGGCAGUGGAGCGGUGGAGGGGCAGGGAGGACUGGGGAAGGUUCGGGAGUCUGCAAGGGAGAGUCGAAUCUGGGACGGGCUGAAUGGUGCUGUUGACCUGAUGGAAGGCGAGCUUCAGGCGAGAACCAGCGCCCUUUGUGGCAACUCAAAUGGAAAGGACCCCCUCACGUUGCUAAGCAACUGGAUGCGGCUCAGGAAGAAGGAGCAGAAGGUUAGCACUGGCGGUAUUGGAUGCACAAGUACCGGGGCUGGUGGAGAGGGAGUGCGUGCGGUGGUGGAGGUGCUCCGAUGCUCCGCCGCUGCUCUCAGCGUCAGGGGCAUGUUCACGUACGAGAUGCAGCCAAGCAACCAGGCGGCGUGGGAGGACCUAACAAGAGCAUUGGACCUCUGGAGCAUGGCAAUACGCCUGUCUCCAUUGCCGUGGCCAGCCUCCUUCCUCUCCCGAGCCUCCGAGUGCCAACUCCUUGCCUCCGUGAUGGACCUUCUGUCCCUUCAGGCCUCAUCACACCACCUCAUGGCUCGCCACCUAGCCCUGCGCCUCGCAUGCUCCAGAUGCCCUGCAUCUGCCUCUGCCUCGGCGGAACCUGGGCAGCAGCAGGAGAAUGCAGAGUGGGAAGACAGAGCAGAGGUGUACUAUAGGCUAUUCGGCAAUGCUCGGCCAUCUCACAUGCUCUGCGCGCUCGCUCUCCCUUCCGACCUGCCGGCGGGACCUGCCUUGCAUGGGACAGCAAGGGGCAGUAGUGACAAUCCGGGCUGCACAGGAAAGGGGUGUGGAAACAAGGGCACGGCGGAGGAGCCGUGGGGCCCAGGGAGUGGGGAAUGGUCGCUUCUGAGAGCAGCAGUGGCGUUGCAUGAUGGGUGUAGUGAAGGGGAGCAAGUGGUGGAACAGCUGAGCAGCUUGCUGAAGAAUCAAGGCGACGAGACGGUGAAGACGGUGAAGGUUAUUGCCUUUCAGAGCGGGCUGCACUUCUUGCUCGCACACCAUCACAUGGCACACGGCCUCGCCACCAAGGCGUACCACCAUGCUUCAGAGUCGUACAGGUGGCGCCUUGCAGCCUUCUCCCACGUAUUCACCCCGGCCUCUCGUGAGGCUAUCACUGCUGCCACUGACGCCGCCAUGCCGGCCCACUCCGCUGCCACCUCCGCUGCUCCCGCUGCUUCCGCACCUGGAAACGCUGCCCCCGGCGCUGGCACUGGUGCCGGUGCCGGUACUGGUGCUGGUUCUACUGGCACCUUCCUGACUGCUGCCUCCUCAGACGCCUCCCUGAUCACAUAUGUGACGGCUCACGAAGGCUCUUUUGCCAGCGCUGCCACCGCAACCACCACCACCACUACCGGCAUGACUGCUGGAGGCGGCGUUGGAGAGGGCUGUGAGAAGCAGGAGGCGCAGGGGGGGAAGAAGCACGUGCCUGGGCUUCAGUGUGGGAUGCGGGAGGGGGAGCACCUGGUGGCGACGCAUGAGGCCAUGAGGGACAUGUGGCCUGCUGUGGUUGGCAGGCGGCAGGUGGACGUGGCAGGCAGUGGUGCUCCCAGUCCGUGGAGGCUCGUGGCUGAUUAUGUGGAUAGCCUGCACCAGCUGGGGAGUGUGUUCGAGCACCUGGGUAUGACUGAUGAGGCGGAACGGCGCUUCACAGAAGGCCUUCACAUUGCCCGUGCUCUCGCUCUCCCACAUGCCCAAGGCACUUUCUCCUCCUCUCUCGGCUGCGGUUCCAUAGCUGAGUCGAACCUCCAGCAGAGACUUGGGGACCUGGCUAGGCGGAGAAAUGAUCUGGAAGGUUUGGGAGUGCAAGGGUUGAAGGGCAGGCGUGAGAAUGCUCAGGAAGAGGAGGAAGAGGAGGUGAGCUCUGCAUUAAAGCCAUCAAGGAGGAGGGAGGGCGUGGGUGAUAAGAGAGGGAAGAAUGGUGGUGGUGACAGGGGAAGUGGUGACGGUUGGGAGGGAGCGGUUGAGCAUUACAGCAGGGCCGAGAAGGCAGUGGGGCAGUUGGUGCCUUGGUAUGGCGAGGUGCGGAGGGCGUUUGAAGGGCAAGUGGAGGGGUUGAUGGGUGAGGGGUGGGAAGGCAGUGAUUGGGUACAGGAGGAGGAGGACGAGGAGAGGGGUGGGUGCUUCGGUGGUCCAGGUGGGGAUAUGGGGGAGGCGCAAGAAGAGGAGAAGGGUGAUGUGCUGCCGUGCAAGCUUCUGCAGAGAUUUGAAGUGGAGGCACACGAGGCGGAGGGAUGCUGUGGGGAUGAGAGGCUGAAGGGUGGUGAUGGAGGGAGUGUGGAGAAAGGCGGGGAUGGUUAUGAUGCUGCAGGGGAGGAGGAUGAGGAGAAGAGUGCAGGGAAGGGGAACGGAGGGAAGGGUAAGGCCACGGGUAAGGUCAAGGCCAAGGCUAAGGCUCCAGGGAGAAAGGCGUUGGGCGAGAUAAAGAUGAAUGGGGUGAAAGCGGAUGGGGCAAAGAAGUCGGGGCAGGACGUGGAUGGAAGCAGUGGAACUCCGGGGUUGAAAUUGCGGACGCCAGCUGUUGAGGAGGCACAAGUGGUUGCUGCUGCUGCUGAGGCUGUACAGACGAGACAAGGGAAGGCACCUGGAAAGGUGCGAGCAAGAGGGAAAGCAGGAGGAAGUGAGAGUGAGAGGGGACAUGGGGAAGUCGAGGAGGGAAAAGGGAAUGGCACACAGAGCAAAGCGGUGGGUAUGGGAAGAAGAGGAAGCAGGGCAAGUGCGACAGGAGGGCGAGGACGCAGUAAUGCACCUGUCAGAGGUGGGAAUAAAGCAGCUGGUGUAGACAGGGAGGACGAUGAUGUUGUGGAGGUUAUUGAAUCAGACAGUGACGAGGAUAGGAGCGCAGCAGAAGAGGAUGCUGGGGCAAAUCCAGCUCGCAGGAAUUCAAGACAGGGGUUGAAGGCAGGUGCAGGGCGCAGGCAAACAAAGACUGCGGCUGAUGGGAGUGAGGCUGAGGAGACGGGACUGAAGGCAGGGUGGGAGUUGAAGAAGGAAGCAGCUGGUGCAGGGGAGACGCAUGAAUUGGUGACAGCAGCGUGGAUGGCGGCUGCAGUGGAGGCACUGGUCACUUCACUGCUCUCACAAGCGCGCUGCCACAUGGAAGCUUGCAAUUGGUCGGUGGCAGGCCACCUGCUGCGCAAAGCGCUGGCAGUGGUUGCAAGGAGCAGCAGCACCUCGCUGCACGCUCCCACAACCCUCCCCUCCCUCGCCUGCUGCUCACUCCCCUCCGCCACAUCCCACUCUUCCUCCACCUGCCCCUGCGGAGAACCCUUCUCGGAUAGACCAGCGUCAGCUGGAAAGAUGGGGCAUUCUCAGCGGCAAGUGCGGGAGGAGCAGGGGGAGUAUGCGGAGCAAGGGUGGUUGCAGGAUGUGCAGGUGUGCUGCCAGCAGCAGGCGAGCAGUCCUCUGGUUCGUGCUGCCCUGCUGCUGAACGUGGGGCGCCUGUCGCUGCUCCUGCUAAACAGGCAGCACCAGGGGGGGAAUGAGGGAGUGGUGGGGAGGUGGGAGGGGCUGAAUGUGGGUACAGUGACGCACUGGCUGCUGCAUGCAGCUGCUCUCUCCUCCGAAGCUCCUCUGCUCUUCCGCGAGGUCGCACACCUCAUAGCCACCACAUGCGCCACUCCCCUCACCGCCACCCAGCGCAACCAUGACCCAUCGCACCCCCUGUCGCUCUCCCAUCACAUUUCCCACCUCCGCGCCCUCUGCUCCUUACCAUGCCACUCUGCUGCUUCUGCGGCUGCUGCUCGUGGGGGCGGUGGUGCUGCUGGUGCUGCUAGUGGUGCGUGUGUGUGUGACCCGGUGCUGCUAGGAGCGCUCUUCCACGCUGCUGCAGUGGGCGCCACAAGCCGCAUGCAGCAUGUGGCACAGCUCAUGGCGCAGCAGGGCAGGCAGGGCGAGGGGAAGGUGGUUACGACCAGGGAGGCGGAUGGACGGCUGGAGGACAGGCAUGUGGUGCACGAGAGAAUGCUGGAUGCUCUCAGGUUGCCCGUGUGCCCUCACCCUCGUCACCUCGCCUCCUCCCUCCGCGCCUUCCACCAGCACAUCAGCCGCCUCCCCUCCUCGUUUCCUGUUAUCCACCUGAGUGCUCUCGAGGGCGCCCCACACGCACACGGGGGUUUGGUGCCUGCACACGACCCCACAGCACAGCACAGGGCAGCAGCUGCUUCUGCAGCAGUGGUAGCAGCAGCAGCGGCGGCGGCGGCGGUGGCUGGAAGGGUGACAGGUGGAGGGAGGGAAGGUGCAACACCAGCCACAGAUGCAGGGGGGCAGCAGGGGAGGCAGAAGGUGCAGUGGAUUGAGGGGCCAAUGCAGCAGACGAGGAGGGAGUUUGAGGCGAUUAUGAAGGAGAGCAGUGCGUCUAUGGCAGCGGGCGCGAGUGCAGCAUCAAAGGAGAGCAAGGCAGCAUGGUGGAAGUGGAGGCUCACGUUGGAUGAGCGCCUGCAGGUUAUGCUGAGAGGUAUGGAGAGGCAGCUGCUGGGGCCGUGGGCGUUUCUGCUUCUAGGACAGCCCUGUGAAGGUGAUGCUGUUGAUGCUGCUGACGGUGGCUCAGUGGCUGGUGAUCUUUUAUUGGCAGCAGGAAGGGAGCUUGCCCAGGUUGCUGGCGUUGAGUCUGGUUCUGGUAGGGGUGGAGAGGGGUGGGGUGUGGUGGCAGGGUGCGAGAGGGCGAGAGAGGCAAUACAGUGCAGCUGUGAUGACCCCAUGUGCUCGCUGGUCGCUGUGCAGCAGGCCCUGCAGAUGCAGCGCGCGGCCUUCAUCAUUCACCUGCUGUUCCGUGCUGCCUCUGCUGCUGGGACAACUCAGAAAGCUCGUGUGACAGCUACUGCUGCUGCUACCUCAUUGGCCGCAUCCACUGCCUCUGAUGCCCUUGCUGCUCUGUCCGUUGACUUGGAAGAGCUCGCUGCCACAGCUCACCAAGCACUCUCUGCAUUGCCGCUGGUGGAAGCGGGAGGAGGGCACAUGUGUGCGAGAGCAGCUGCGGCAGUGGAGGCACAGGGGGAGAAGAUGAGGCAGAUUGUUGACAGGGCUCUUCAGAGAGCAGCAGAGGCUGCUGCUGCAGGUGGAGGAAAGGGAGGGGGCGCUGGUGCUGGCGCUGCUGUGAGGCGUGGCAGCAAUGGGAAUGGGGGACGAGGGUCGAAGAAGGUGGAGGUGCAGUUGAAGGAGAUGGGUGGAGGGAAGCGCAAGGUGCAGUGGCAACCGGUGCAGCUGAUUCUUGAUAGCGCCAUACAGGCACUGCCAUGGGAAGGCCUGCCCUGUCUGGCCCAGCAGCGCAUCUACCGCCUGCCUUCCUUCACUGCUCUGCUCUCCCUGCUCGCGCACCACCAGCAUGCUGGUCUGCCUGGGAAGCACCAGCAGACGCAGCAGCAAGGAAGGAUGAAAGGGGAGAGGAAGCAGGGUGGCGGGGUGGGUGGGAGUGGGAAGGCGGGGCAGGGAGCAGAGAGGCAGGUGCGGGUGAGAGUGGACGCGAGGAGUGCGUUUUACCUGCUGAACCCGUCUGGGGACCUCAAGUCCACUCAGGGCACGUUUGAGGCGUGGUUCAAGCAGCAGCGCACAUGGAAGGGCAAGGUGUGUGAGGCGCCAUCAGAGGAGGAGUUCAUGAAAGCAUUGGAGCACUACAGCCUCUUUGUCUACUGCGGCCAUGGCAGUGGUACCUCCUCCUCCCCAUACUCCUCCUCGUCUUCCUUCCCCUCCCCAUGCUACCAACACUCUAUACCAUUCAUUGCACUAUUAUUGUGCCUUGCUGGGUUGUCGCUUUCCAAGUGCCUCUCCCUGGCGAGCUCCGUGCCUCCCCCUCUCUCCUCUCCUCUCCUGAACGAUCUUCCUUCCUCCUCCCCACCCGCUCCCCUUUCCCCACAACCAGGUGAGCAGUACCUGCAUCGCUCAUACCUCAAGAAGCUCUCUCGCUGUGCGCUCUCUCUCCUCAUGGGCUGCAGCAGUGCUCGCCUCUCCCCCCGUGGGGACUACGAGCCCCUGGGCGUACCACUCAACUACCUGGCUGCUGGCUGCCCUGCCAUUGUGGGUAACCUGUGGGACGUCACAGAUGGGGACAUUGACAGAUACUCACAGCGGAUUCUGGAAAGCUGGGUUGGGAAGGCUCGGGUGGUGGGGUGUGGGAGUGGGGUUGGGGAGAGGGAGAAGCGUGGGGGUGGUUCGUGUGAGUGUGAGAAAGUGGAGCUGUGUGAGGAAGGGGUGGGGGGCGGUGGGGAGAGGGGGGAUUUGGUGUUGGUGCUUCCGGAGUGCAAGUGUGUGUGUGUGGGAGGGACUGUGGCGGAAGCGAGGAGUGUGUGCCGGCUGCGGCAUUUGAUUGGGCUGGCUCCUGUGUGCUAUGGAGUGCCGUGCUCCCUGCAACCAGCAGAGCCCACAUGA